CGAAGUCAAAGAAAGAUGGCGGAUUUUUUAUACCAAACAGCACCGCAAACCCUUGCAGGGUUUUGUCAGACGUAAUCGUUCAGUAAAAUUUAAGGCGAAGAAGUGAAUGGAGUCAUGCAGGAAGGAGAUAGUUACCAAAGAUGGCUGAAGCUUUAACGUUGGCCGAAAAUUUAGAGAAGGCGUUGGAAUGCGCUGUGUGCUUGGAUCAGUUCAAAGAUCCCAAAGUUCUUCCGUGUCUUCAUUCCUUCUGUAGAAAGGCUGGUCAAAUUCCAGAUGGUGAAGUUGAUUCUCUGCCAGUUAAUUUCUUCCUAAACAAUCUAUUAUCUAUGGUUGCCCUUCAUGGAGAUUCAGGAAGUAGUGAAUUGGAAUGUGAUAACCGUGAGAGUGGCGAUCCUCCUAUGAACAGAUGUAACACAUGCUGCCAUUUCCUCUUUGAGUUUUGCACUCAAGCCCAUCGGAGAGGGCGUGGCACAACCUCACAUGGCAUGGUGUCGAUUGAAGGAGCCAAAAAGAUGGGAUCUGUGGCUGCAAAAAAACUCAGUCGUUGUAAGGAACAUGAUGGAGAGUUGUUGAAGCUGUUUUGUGAGACAUGCAAUGAGGCCAUCUGUAGAGACUGUAUCAUUGUGAAGCAUUGAGAGCACCAUUACACUUUUGUAAAAGAUGCUUUUGCAAAGAAUAAGAAAAGCGUGGUGGAGAUUCUUUCAAAGACAAAGGGACAAGCAGGGUCGCUGAAGAAAGCAAUAGAUGGUGUCUUAGAGAUGAGAAGAAGUGUUGAUUCAAAUGCAGAACAAACUGUUCAAGAAGUGCUUAAUUGUUUUCAGAAAUUAUCAGCUCGUCUGAAUGCUUGCUGUGAGGAAUUGAUUCAUGAUGUUGAAGAACUAAAAAAAGUGAAACAGAAGUCUUUGGAAAUUCAACGAGAAUAACUGGAAGCUGUCUUAGGAAGUGUGCAAAGUAGUGUAGAAUGCAAUUUUUUAAAUGGAUAUUGGUAAUCAACAGGUUUCCUGGGGUUUGAGGAAAACAAGAAUAAGGUUAGGAGAUAAUUGAUGUUCUCCAAGCUUCUAACUUUGAGUAUCUACAUUUUUAUAUGACGCAGAAAUGUUGAAUUCAUGUGUGAACUUUUUUAAAUUAGG